CUCCAGUCCUGCCAGCAGCGGCCAGCGGCGAUGGAGGAGCCGGCGGCCGCGGGCACGGAGGGCCCGGGCGGCGACGGGGAGCCGGCGGGGGAACCCGCAGAAGAAGCUUGCGCCAGCCCGAGCGAGGACGCGGCGCCUCUCCUGCCCGCGCCCGCGGCCACCGCGAAGGGCGCCGCCUCGCCCAGGCGUCCACCGAGUGCAGAGACCGAAGGCCCUGCACCGUCCGCUCCGGCGGGGGCCCACCCUCCGGAGCCGCCGGACGGUGAAGCGGCGGCCGCGCCGCCCGAUCCGCCCGCCGAGCCCCCGCGGGAGGAGCAGGAGCUGGCGCGGCAGGAUCUGGUGGCGCGCGCGGCACUGCUCGGGGAGCUCGGGGAGCGUAGCGCCACGCCGCCGCAGGAGCGAGAACGGGAAGAUCUGAUUGCCGAGGUCCACAACAAUUGCUCGGACGCCGUGCUAGAGGCCGCGCUGGCUGCGCCGGAGCAGCCGCCGCGCCCAGUCAAGUGGACCGUCCCUGGCGCGCUCGCACUUCCGAGCCCAGCCAGCGUGAAGCACGCAGGACCUCCUGCGGCCCCCAGGUCGACGUCGACGGCCGCGAUCGAGCAGCAGACCACCACGACGGCGGUGGUGCCAGCGCCGUCCGCGGCAGCCCCCUCGGGGCCCCCGCCGCCCCCGCCGCAUGCCGUGGCGCCGUCGCCGGCCUCAGUGCCGGUGCCCGCGGCCCCGGCGCACGCGCCGGCCCCAGCGCUGGCCAGUGAGGGGGAUGCUCACCAGACGCCCACGCUGCGCCAGCUCGCGAGGGCUCGGGCAGCCGCCACCACCGCGCAGCUCCAGGAGACUGUCCAGGAGUUCAUGAAGGACCCCUUCGCAGAGAUAAGGAGCUCCCCGUGGAACCUCGACUGGCCCUACUGCUCGGUGUGCCAGGUCUGGAUGGACGCGGCGCACAUCGCCAGCGCCAGGCACAUUCGGCAGCUUGAGCAGCUCGGUCAUCGGCAGCCUGACCAAGGUGCUGCGCCCUGCCCAGCCGAAUCGCUGAGGCAGCAGCAGCAGCAGCAGCAGCAGCAGCAGCAGCAGCAGCAGCAGCAUCAGUGCCCGACGCAGCUGCGGACAGAUGCAGCCAGUGACCGAGGAGGCGGGCACAGAGACUGGAGUCCUGCCGCAGCCGCUACGCCCAGUAUGGCGCUCCGUACGGCCCCUCCGAGGCCCACAAAGCAGCAAAUUUACGGCUGGAACGCGCCGUGGGUAAAUUUCGAUUGGGAUACCUUGGCGUGGCCGGACGACGUAAACCUGCAGCAGGGCUAGGCGGAGGCUGGGGCUGCGUCGCUGGCAGGCGUGUCCUGGCUGGCUGGUAGCUGAGCUGGCCGCGGGGGCCGCCGAGGCGCGCCCGUCGCGGCGAAUGCCUCCGGGCGCGAUGCACAAAGACCCAUCGGAAUGGGGCGUCGUGGAACAAAACGCUCCUGAGUUUGGUCGAUCCUACCCCUUCCGUCUUAAGUGUAGAAGUUUCCUUUUCCGAUCGCCCAGCCAACGAUGGGCCAGAUCCUGCAACUGAAUUGGGCAUCAAGGUCCCCUACAGUCAGUAGAAUUCUGUUGCUCGUGAAAUCUAGUAUGCAUGUGUAUGUAUCGGGAUAUCUCUGCGUCGAGCGAGGACGUUCUAGCAACCCCUGCC